CCACCACAAAAUGGGGGAUUUGGUACCAUGUUAAAACAUCAUAUGAAGGGAAUUAUAACCCGAAUUGGCUACAGCCGAUAGAACAGUUGUAGACAGUUCACAACGAUUUGUUUAUAACAAAAUCUCCAUCAGACGACAUUAUGGUUUCUCUCCCCAUAUCAAUUUUCGACACACACGCUCUUCAGCAGCAGUUACUCGAAGCUCCUGCUUUGACUUCCAAAGUUUCGAAGAACAAUCGAGUGUCCAUAUUAUCCAGAAAAUCUUACUCUUCAAAACAGCGUUUGACGUAACAGAUACCAAGUUUCAAAACAAGAAUUGAAGUUUCCGGCACCCACUACCCAGUUGACCUUUUGCCUUUCACCUGUUCGAUCAUAUGCCCCAUAGUUUCAACAACUCGUUAUACAUCAAUUUCCAAUAAUCUCCAUCGACUAAUGUUUAUCAAUCUUUCUUGACACCGAUCGACACCGAUUACAAUGUCGAUCCUAUGUGGUCUCCCUCUACUCGAAUGCGUUUACUGUAUCGGAUGUGCUCGAUGGGCAUGGAAGCGAUGCCUCCACACAGCAGGGCACGAUAGUGAAACAUGGGGUAUAGCCACAGCUGAAGAAUUCGAACCUGUCCCAAGGCUUUGCAGAUACAUACUUGCAGUCUAUGAAGACGACCUAAGAUGCCCUCUUUUUGAACCUCCAGGUGGAUACGGGAUCAACCCUGAUUGGUUAAUUCUGAAAAGAACUUACGAUGACACCCAUAGACGUGCUCCACCAUACUUGCUAUACCUCGAUCACGAUCAUGCUGACAUAGUUCUUGCAAUUAGGGGUCUUAAUUUGGCAAACCAGAAAGAUUAUGUCGUCUUGUUGGAUAAUAAAUUAGGUCAGAGAAAAUUCGAUGGAGGGUAUGUUCAUAACGGAUUGUUGAAAGCAGCUGGAGUUGUAUUAGAUGCAGAAUACGAGACUUUGAAGAAGUUAUUAGAAGAGUAUCCGAAUUACAGUUUGACUUUUACAGGUCAUUCAUUGGGUUCAGGUGUGGCGGCGUUGCUGACGAUGGUGGUGGUGCAAAACCGCCAUAAGUUGGGAGAUAUUGACCGGAAGAGGGUGCGUUGUUACUCCAUUGCACCUGCGAGAUGCAUGUCAUUGAAUUUGGCUGUUAGAUAUGCAGAUAUUAUCAAUUCCGUUGUGCUUCAGGAUGAUUUCUUGCCUCGAACAGCUACACCUUUGGAAGAUAUUUUCAAAUCUGUUUUCUGUUUGCCAUGUUUGUUGUGCUUAAGAUGUGUAAAAGACACAUUCACAUCUGAAGAAAGAAAGAUCAAAGAUCCAAGGAGACUUUAUGCACCUGGUCGCCUUUAUCACAUUGUUGAAAGAAAACCUUUCAGAUGUGGUAGGUUUCCACCUGUUGUAAGGACAGGUGUCCCUGUGGAUGGAAGAUUUGAGCACAUAGUUCUUUCUUGCAAUGCUACUUCUGAUCAUGCGAUUAUUUGGAUAGAAAGGGAAGCGAAAAGGGCUUUGGAGUUGAUGUUGGAGGAGGAUCCGAUCAUGGAGAUACCUGUGAAACAAAAAAUGGAGAGACAACAGACAUUGGCUAAAGAGCAUGGUGAAGAGUAUGCAGCUGCAUUGCAGAGGGCUGUGAAAUUGGCUGUGCCUCAUGCGGUUUUACCAUCUCAAUAUGGGACUUUUCAAGAUUCGAGUGAUGGGGAGGUUUCAGGUGGGGAGUCGUCUAGGAGAGUUAUGGUGGGGGGAAGUUGGGAUGAGUUGAUUGAGAGUUUGUUUGAGAAAGAUGAAUCGGGUCACAUGGUGUUUAAAAGACCACAUUCUUCUAUUGUUUGAUUCAAUCUUGUGUUUUGUGUAAAUGUAAAAAUAAGGUAAUGUUAUUUUUUGGGUGAUAUUAUAAUGAGUGUAACAUUAUUCCUUAUAUCA